GCUUCAGCGUCAAAACGUAGACGCACGAGCAGAUCCUGGAUACUCGCACACAGGUUGAGAAGGUAAAUACAAAAGACUCAAGACUUCGGCGCCUUCAUAUCAGAAACCAAGAGGAGUAUUAAGUAACUGAGAGCUCCUAAGAACAAGCACAACCAAGAACCGGUCACCUCAUUCCGCAUUAACCAUGGUGGACAAAUUGGCCUCUUUUGGACAUGCACUGCUGCGCCGUCGUGCGCUGGACUGCUCUGGUGAGGAAACGCGGUUCGCUCGGUGUCUGUCCACUCUAGAUCUGGUGGCGCUCGGCGUGGGCUCCACACUUGGCGCUGGAGUGUAUGUGCUGGCUGGGGAGGUUGCGAGAGAGAAGGCAGGUCCUGCUAUCAUCUUAUGUUUCCUUGUGGCUGCACUUUCCUCCAUGCUGGCCGGACUGUGCUAUGCAGAGUUCGGCGCACGAGUCCCUAAGACUGGGUCUGCGUACUUGUACAGCUAUGUGACAGUGGGAGAAAUCUGGGCCUUCAUCACUGGUUGGAACCUCAUCCUCUCUUACGUUAUAGGUACAGCUAGUGUGGCAAGAGCAUGGAGCUCUACAUUCGAUAACCUGGUCGAGCAGAAGAUCUCUAACUUCUUCAGGGCGUCUAUGGCCAUGAAGGUUCCUGGGAAAGUUCUUGCAGAAUAUCCAGACCUGUUUGCCCUCAUUCUCAUCCUGCUACUGACUGGACUGCUUGCUUUUGGUGUAAGCGAGUCUGCUCUGGUGAACAAGAUCUUCACUGGGAUCAACCUGAUAGUGCUGGGCUUUGUCAUCAUCUCCGGCUUCGUCAAAGGCAACACCGCCAACUGGAACCUCACAUAUGAGGACUUUGUCAACGAUACGAAUAUCACCGAACCAGAAUGGGUUGAAAGCACAUUUGGAAGCGGAGGUUUCGCGCCGUUUGGCUUCAGCGGCAUCUUAUCUGGCGCAGCCACCUGUUUCUACGCCUUUGUGGGCUUUGAUUGCAUUGCUACAACAAGUGAGGAAGCCAAGAACCCCAUGCGUUCCAUCCCUGUGGGCAUUGUGGCCUCUCUGCUCAUUUGCUUCUUUGCUUACUUUGGUGUGUCAGCUGCUCUUACGCUCAUGAUGCCCUACUACAAACUCAACACCCAGAGUCCCCUGCCCGAGGCCUUCAGUUACGUGGGCUGGGCACCGGCACGCUAUAUCGUGGCCGUUGGUUCACUCUGUGCCCUUUCGACAAGCUUGUUAGGCUCCAUGUUCCCCAUGCCUCGAGUGAUCUACGCUAUGGCAGAGGACGGGCUGCUCUUCCGUUCCCUCUCUAGGAUGAACAAGAAAACCAAAACUCCACUGCUGGCGACUAUUGCGUCUGGAAUAGUGGCAGCUCUCAUGGCGUUUCUGUUUGAUUUGGCUGCUUUGGUUGAUCUCAUGUCCAUUGGGACAUUGCUUGCGUACUCUCUGGUGGCCGUGUGCGUUCUCAUCCUCAGAUAUCAGCCAGGCAACCUGAGCUCUUCCAGUCAGACUGAGAAACUGGUGGAGCUGGUCGGUGGGGAGAAGGUGGCCGUAUGUGGAGAUAGUGGAGAUGAAUAUGGCAUAGACCUGGAUGACAAUCCCCGCAAAGAGAAAUUCUCCCCAAAACUCCUCCUGGUUCCUUCCAAGGACUCGCCAACUGAAAUGUCAGGAACUAUUGUCUACGGCACAACCGCUAUUAUCUCUGUGCUGAUCACUGUGCUGUGCGUGGUUUUGGCUCUGCGUCUGGAAGCCAUCGUGAAUCUGGAGAUCGUGUGGGUGAUGGCGUGUGUCAUUCUGGUCCUGCUGUGCAUCCUGUGUGUCAUUGUGAUCUGUAGGCAGCCUGAGAGCAAGGAAGCUCUCACCUUCAAGGUGCCUCUGUUGCCCUGGCUGCCUCUGUUCAGUAUCUUUGUCAACAUCUAUCUCAUGAUGCAGCUGGAUGUGGCCACCUGGUGCCGCUUCACCGUGUGGAUGGGUAUCGGUUUCGCAAUCUACUUCGGCUACGGCAUCCGGAACAGCACCGAAGCCAUGAACAGCUCCCUCCGAAAAUACGAGCCGGCCCUUCAGAACAAAAGCCCCAUAUACCUAGGCGGUGAGGAGAGUGAGGUGGAGGGCAUUUCUCCUUGAUAGAGAUGGAACGACAGGCAUGUUGCCCUACGCAUUUUCAUUGAAGUUACAGAUUUAUUGUGAAAACGUGGAUCAUUUAUUGUAGAAACUGCCCCAAACAUCACAAUUGCUAAAGGAUUCUUUAAAGAACCCUAAGUGUUUUCUGUUAGAGGUUGUUGUGCAGCUUUGGCCAUCCAGUACUGUAAAUGCUGGUUUGAAUGUCCUGCUGUAAUUGCUAGUACUGUAAUGGCCAUAUUGUCUGGCAGACAAUGAACUGACUGUAUACAGGGUAUUUUAUUUUCGGGAUUGAGCUCCAAGCGCGUUGUUUGUGCACCUUUGAGUCCAAAAUGGUCUCCUUCCACCUCCUGGUUUUCCAGAAUGAGGUUGUGAAGUACAACAGGGACCCCUAGUGUCCAGAAUUUGAAAAUGGCAAUACCGUUGGACAGUAUUUGUGGUCAUUGGUUACUGUUAGACAGAAUAAUUGAAGAAGUGAAACUGAAAAAAAAAAAAACUGACUGAAAGCUUUUAGACAUUUUUAGCAGUAAUAAAAUCCCAUGAGUUUGAGAGUUGUCCAAAGAGUGUAUGGAUAGAAAAAUGGUUGAAGUAUGACAGUGUGAUAUUAGCACUGCUGUAUGUUUGAAUAUUGUUAUUGGCUAAUGUGGUAUAAAAUGCUAGUAUUUUAAAGUGUGUGUGUGUGUGUGUGUGUGUGAGAGAGAGAGAGAUUUGAAUGGAAUAUAUAAGGUUGCGCUAGAAUCUGUUCCGUUUUACAAAAUACUAAAUUAUUUUUUGGAAAAAACUGUUUUAUAUGGACAUGUAUAGUUUACCCAUCCAACUCCUUAAACUUGAUGAUUUUACUUUGGCAUACUGUAUAACAGUAUUUCUAGACAACGUUUAUGGAAGGUUGCCUUAGUAACUAUUGUUUCUGCCAAAACUACUUGCACUACCGUUCAAAAAAAAUUUUUUUUUUUUUUAAAUUUAAUAAUCUUAUUCUGGAAGGAUGCCUUAAAUUUAAAAGUGACAGUAAAGACAUGUAUAAUAUUUAAAAAUAUAUUUUUAUUCCAAAUAAUUGCCAUCAAAGAAUCUUGAAAAGAAAAUUAGAAAAAAAGUAUUAAAAUAUUAAAAGGCUGCAUUUUAAAAUAGAAAAUGGUUAUUUAGAGUUAAAAUAUUAUUUCAUAAUUUUACUGUUUUAUUUUAAUUUUUUUUACGAAUAAAUGUAGCCUUGAUGAUCAUAAGAGUCUUCUAUCAAAAGCGUUUACUUUUGAACAGUAGAGUAUCUACAGUUAUCUGUACCAACUGGUAAUUUGAUAGUACUUGAAAGAUUCUGAAAGCUACUUCUAUUGUUUGAAGGAAAUACCCAUAAUAAUCUUUCAUUUUUAACAGUGUUAACUGUAGUCUUUGAGCAGAAACUAUGGUUACUGUGCUGACUUACUGUAAUAACUAACUCACAGGUCGAGGGUAACACCUAAACUUGCCUGAAGACUGAAGACCUAAAGAAACAGGCUUUCAAUGGCCUUUCUUUCAUAUCUGAAGGUGUUGAACUUGAGGAAAAAAGUGUCACUAUUUUUGACAAGAAUGUUUUUUUUUUUUGUUCUUGUUGUUUUUUAGUUUUCUAUUGAAACUUGUUCUUGGCAGCUUGGCUGUUGAGCUCAUGUACAUUUUUCUAUUUCGUUGUUUAUUGUAGAGAAUCUGUAAUGUAGUGGAAUACUAGUUUACUGUUGUUCAAUCAAACUUAUCUUGUGUUCUCAUCAUACCUUUUUGAUAUUUUAUGGUAAGAAUAUUUAAGCCCUUCAGGAUGCUGAAAUUCAGCUCCUAUUCAGCGGGGGGGGGGUUCAGAUAAUCGGAGAGCGACAGUUUGUCUGUGCGACAGAAUAGAGUAGAAGUUGUUUAAAACCACUAUUAUUUUUAAACCCAUUUUGUCUUUAUUAUAUUAACAUUAUGACUUCAUUAGAAACAUAUUUUGUAUAGCUUUCUCUAUUAUAUUUGUGUUUCACAAUCAGCUAAAAAUGGUUUUGUUUACGUUCCAGAAAUGUAAAGCUUAGCAUGUAAACGUGUCUGAUGACGCAUUGUUGUCCGAUCCCAGGCAUUACAAAGUUUUGAUUCAGUCUGGAGAUGUAUGUCUCCUGUAGAUCAGUGCCUGAUGUUUCAAAUGUACCUCAAAGAUGGUUGGUAGAUUUCAAUACAUACCAAGUCACAUGCCUUUGAGAUACACUUGUAGUGUUACAUGUGUUUAUCAGUAUAUAAAUAUAUUGUCUUUGGGUUUUUUUAAACUGUAAAUAUUCAUGCAAUGUACAAAGAAAAUGAGCUGUAUUAUAAAAAUUCAUGUUUUUCUUCCUUUUUUUUUUAAAUAAAAUGUUUCGCAA